AUGAGUAUAAUAAAUGAGGAGGUUAAAAAAAAAACUAUAUGGGCUAGUAAUGACAUGAAUAUAAAUGAAGAAAAUGUAAAUUUGAUAUGUAAUAAUGAAGAAGACAGUUUACUAAAAAACGAAUUUAAAGAUAAUAUUCAUAUUAAUGAGUAUUCUAGAAGAAACAAUGUGAAUAUGUAUUAUGAUAAUGAAGAAAUAAAUUAUAAAUACGAAAUGAAUGACAAUCACUAUAAUAAAAACUUAAAUAGUCCCAAUAUAAAUGAUAUAAAAAAAGGAUAUGACUAUAGUACUCAUUUAACUGACACAAGUAACUCUAUUAAUUUUAGUGAUAUUAAUUUAACUAAUAAAUUUAAUAAUUUAAACUCCCAAAAUAAUGCUCACAAGGGUGAAUUUUUUGAAAAACAAUUUAAUUUAAAUGAUGAAGAAAAUAAUUAUGAAAAUCAUAUAGGUGGUAAAAUGAAUAUAAUUAAUUCAAAUCAAAAUACUAGUGAUAAGGAAAACUCUUUCGAAUUAUUUCCUUUUUUUAAAAGUUUAUAUAAUAUUAGAACAAAAUUGUUAUGUUAUUAUGAUAUAGAUAAUAAUGUAAUUAUAUAUAGAUGCAUGUGUGCCAUAUUACCUUAUUUAAAUGUAGAAAAAACAUACGAUGCAGUUAAUAAUUUUAAUGAUAUAGAAAAAAAUGCAAAUGAAACAGACUAUCAAAAAAAUAUUGAUAAAACAAUUAAUGAAAAUGAAAAUAAAAGAGAAAUUAGUAAUGUUAAUGAUGCUUUUGAUUAUUAUGAUAAUAAAUUGUGUAUUGAGAGAAAUCCAGAUAUUUAUGCUUUCAUUUGGUUAAAUUUGCUUGUAUGUUUUGUUGUUUUUUUUCUUUUUAAUAUAAAAAAUAUAUUUUUUAAUGAAAUAGAGUUAACUGAAAUGGAAAAUAAUAUUAAAAGAAGAAAUUACAUUGAAGGUAAUAAAUUAAAUAUUCUGUAUGAUAUAUUAUUAUUCAUUUAUUUAUUUAAUAUCUUUAUUCCAAUACUAAUAUAUAUAAUUAUAUAUUUAAUGACUAAAAAUAAUUGCCCCUUUAAAUUAUUAUUUCUUAUUUCAUUAAUGAGUUAUAAUAAUAUAAUUUUAUUCCCUGUUCUUUUUAUAUAUAAAAUUACAAAUAUUGAAACAAAUAUAACUUUUCUACAUUUUCUAUGUAAGACUAUACAUUUGUUGGUAUUUCUUUUUUAUAUUUGUACAACUAUUUUUUAUAUUUAUAAAUUUACUAAUAAAAUUUUUAAAAAUCAUUUUGAGGAUAAUUUAAUUUACGUUCUUUAUGCAACUUUUAUAAUAUCAUACAUAUCUUUUUACUUAUUAUUAAAAAGUUAUAUAUUCAAUUAUUUAUAA